AUGGUCACCAUACUGGAAGUUGGUUGGAAUGGUACCGGUUUGAAGGUGGCAGAAGUCACGUGGUAUGUUGCUGGGUUGGGCCUGGGCCUCAUAAACAACGUCUCACCGCGUAAAGUCCGCAGCACACGUGACAUAAAUUUUGAAGAUGAGAAUGAUGCACCAACAAUUAGCAAGAGAUAUGCCAGAGUUGUACAAAAUGAUGACAGUGAAAGAGGAGAUA